UGAAUCUGUGGCCCACUUCUCAAAAUGAGUCAAGCCAACAAGUGUGCCUUGGUUACCGCCGGUGUCGUCGGCGGCGCUGCCGUCGGGACCCUCCUCCUUCGCUCCGCAAUGUACCCCAUCAUGACAUACCGCGCGGAGACUUUCUUUGUUGAAAUGCUCAAGCAAGCGGACAUCAUCAUCGGCCGCGACAUCAUCGUACACGACAAGGAAAUCUACCUCGACUGGUCGAAGCGAGGCAUGCUCGCGAUCGGUGAAUCCUACAUGGCCAAGCAAUGGGAAGCGUUGCUGCCUUUGGACGUGGUCUUGACCAAGUUGCUCAAACUCCCGUCGGACGCCAAGCGCAAGCUGUUUAAGAGUUGGGACGCCAAGUUUGUGCACUUGAGUGGCCGGGUGUUCAAUUUUCAGUCGCCUAGUCGUGCUGGCAUCGUCGGUGCCCACCAUUACGACAUCGGGAACGACUUCUACAAGUUGUGGCUUGACCCGUGGAUGCAAUACUCGUGCGCGUACUUCAAGGAUCUCCCUGACACGGACUUGGACAAUGCCCAAGUCAACAAAUUGCACUUGAUUGCCAAGAAGCUCAAGAUGGAGCCUGGCAUGACCGUACUGGAAAUCGGUUGCGGGUGGGGUGGCCUCGGCAUAUUCUUCGCCAAGCACUACGGAGUUCACGUGACGGGCAUCACAAUCUCGAACGAGCAAUUGAAGGGCGCCCGCAUCCAAGCCGAAGCUGAAGGCGUCAGCCAUUUGACCCAAUACACGUACUGCGACUACCGCCAGAUGACGGGUCAAUUCGAUCGAGUGGUGUCGAUCGCCAUGUUGGAAGCUGUGGGUUACAAGAACAUGGACGAAUACUACUCGGUGAUCCAGCGCUGCCUCAAGACGGGUGGUCUCGCGUUGGUCCACUCAAUUACGUCCAACCGCAGCACCAAGACGGCCCACCAACAAUGGAUCCUUAAAUACAUCUUCCCCAACGGGUUCUUGCCGUCCCUUACGCAAAUGUGCGAGUUCGCCGAGAAGAAGUUUGUAGUCGAAGACGUCCACAACAUCGGCCCGGACUACGACAAGACCCUCAUGCAAUGGUACGCUCGGUUCCAAGAACACGUUCAGAACGGCAACAUCGUCAAGGACGAAGUGUUUGUCCGCAUGUGGGACUUUUACCUCAACUAUUGCGCUGCUGGUUUCCGCGCCCGCACGAUUCAAUUACACCAAGUUGUGUACUCCAAGCACCGUGCCGGUCGCUACGACGCCGUGAGAUAGACAUCCUGCAGGUCCCAGUGAUCCGUUGUAAACCACCCAAGACUUGUAUCCGCUCUUCGUGCGUUGGGCAAAGGCCAUUGGCUUAACAUCAGCCAAUGGCAUCUCGUUAGUAUUGAAAUGCAUGCAUUCACCAAUCAAGUCUCUGCAUUUUAGCCUAUUUUAUCCAAUGAAACAUCCAGCAAAGGUUGCUCUCGAAU